UUCCCAAAGAUCCCAAACCCCAGUGGAGACGAGUAGCAUGGAGUUAUGAUUGUACGCUGCUGGCCUAUGCUGAAAGCACAGGCACUGUGAGAGUGUUUGAUCUUAUGGGAAGUGAACUCUUUGUCAUUUCCCCUGCAUCUAGUUUUGCAGGUGACUUGAGCUAUGCCAUUGCUGGGUUGAUAUUUUUAGAAUAUAAAGCAAGUGCACAAUGGUCUGCAGAACUCUUGGUCAUCAAUUACCGAGGAGAACUCAGAAGUUACCUUGUAAGUGUUGGAACCAAUCAGAGCUACCAAGAAAGCCACUGUUUCAACUUCAGUGGUUAUUAUCCUCGUGGAAUCAACACAGCUAUUUACCAUCCUGGUCACCGACUUCUACUGGUUGGUGGUUGUGAAACUGCUGAAUCAGAUAUAUCAAAAGCUUCUAGCUGUGGCCUUUCUGCCUGGAGAGUUCUUUCAGGAUCACCUUAUUAUAAGCAGGUCACUAACGGUGGAGACAGAGUCACUGUGGUUCCAAAGACACUGGGAUUAUUGAGGAUGUUAAGUGUCAAGUUUUACAGUCACCAAGGACAAGAACAGGAUGGAGUUUUUAAGAUGAGCCUUUCUCCAGAUGGGACACUCCUUGCAGCUAUUCACUUCUCUGGGAAAUUAAGCAUCUGGGCUAUUCCAUCACUGAAGCAACAAGGAGAAUGGAAUCAAAAUGAGCAGCCAGGCUAUGAUGACAUUAAUCCUAACUGGAGACUCUCUACUGAGAAGAGAAAAAAAAUGAAAGAUAAAGGGUCCUUUUACCCACUGAUAGAUGUGAAUUGGUGGGCAGAGAGCGCAGUUACUUUGGCUCGUUGUUCUGGUGCUUUGACUGUCUCAUCUGUGAAAACCUUGAAGAAUUUACUGGGGAAAUCCUGUGAAUGGUUUGAACCAUCACCUCAAGUUACCGCUGCCCAUGACGGUGGAUUUUUAAGUUUGGAGUGUGAGAUUAAACUUGCUCCCAAAAGGUCUCGUUUGGAGACUAGAUCUGGAGAAGAAGAUGAAGAAGAGGAUUCUGAUUCUGAUCAUGAAACAUCUGCCAAGGCUCACUACUUUGGUUAUAUAAAGCAAGGUCUUUACUUAGUGACUGAAAUGGAGAGAUUUGCACCACCACGGAAACGUCCACGGACCAUCACUAAAAAUUACCGCCUUGUGAGUUUGAGGUCUACAACUCCAGAGGAACUUUAUCAGAGAAAGAUUGAAACGGAAGAAUACGAGGAAGCCUUGUCUCUGGCUCAGACCUAUGGACUGGAUACUGAUCUAGUAUAUCAGAGGCAGUGGAGAAAAUCAGCAGUCAACAUUGCUUCAAUUCAGGAUUACUUGAGUAAAAUAAAGAAACGAUCCUGGGUCCUUCAUGAGUGUUUGGAAAGAGUCCCUGAAAAUGUGGAUGCUGCAAAAGAACUGCUUCAGUAUGGCUUAAAAGGAACUGACCUGGAGGCUCUUAUAGCAAUAGGGAAAGGAACAGAUGAUGGCAGAUUUAUAUUACCUGGUGAAGUAGACAUUGAUAACAUGUCCUAUGAGGAGCUUUCACCUGAAGAAAAUGAGUCUGUCAUGAGUCAAAAAGAAAAAGAGCUCAGGAAGAGACAAGAACUACUUAAAUUAGUGAACUUUUCAAAGUUAACACUGGAACAAAAGGAACUUUGCCGAUGCAGACUAAAAUUAUUAACCUAUUUAGAUCGACUUGCAACAUAUGAGGAGAUCCUAGGAGUGCCUCAUGCAUCGGAACAGAGAUAUGAUGCUGAAUUCUUUAAGAAGUUCAGGAAUCAGAAUAUUGUUCUCUCAGCAAGAACUUAUGCUCGGGAAAGUAAUGUACAAGCCCUCGAAAUUCUCUUCACUUAUCAUGGUGCUGAGCUGCUUCCUCAUCGUCUUGUGAUUCUCUCCAACUUUCCAGAGACCACAUCUCCACAUGAGUAUUCUGUUUUGCUGCCUGAAGCUUGUGGUGCUGAUGACUCCUUGAUGAUCAUUCCUUGGCAUGAACAUAAACACCGGGAUAAAGAUUGGUGUGAAGAGUCCAAGUGCAAAGUCGUUGUUGAGCCAAGUCUCCAAGAUGAAAAUGAAUUCUUGUAUGCUGCACAACCUGAAUUACUCAACUACAGGACAACUCAGCUUGCGGUAGAGAGGGUUACGGAAUGGUAUCACACCCGAGCAGAGGAAAUAGAGCAUUAUGCCCGACAGGUUGACUGUGCAUUAUCACUUGUUCGACUUGGAAUGGAGCGGAGUAUUCCUGGUUUGAUGGUUCUGUGUGAUAAUUUGGUUACUCUGGAAACACUGGUUUAUGAAGCCGGGUGUGAGUUAACUCUAACCUUAAAAGAACUCCAGCAGAUGAAAGACAUUGAAAAACUAAGAUUACUGAUGAACAGUUGUUCUGAAGAUAAAUAUGUGACAAGUGCCUAUCAAUGGAUGGUUCCUUUUCUUCAUCGUUGUGAGAAACAGUCUCCAGGUGUGGCUAAUGAACUAUUAAAAGAGUAUUUGGUAACUUUAGCUAAAGCAGACUUAAAAUUUCCCCUGAAGAUAUUCCAGCAUUCCAAACCAGAUCUACAGCAGAAGAUUAUACCUGAUCAAGACCAACUGAUGGAAAUAGCACUACAAUGCAUCUACAACUGUGAGCGAAAUGACCAACUCUCUCUUUGCUAUGACAUAUUAGAAUGUCUGCCACAAAGAGGAUACGGCCACAAGACAAAUAUGUCCACUGCGCUGCAUGACAUGGUAGACCAAUUGGAACAAAUUCUCAGCGUGUCAGAAAUUUUGGAGAAACAUGGACUUGAGAAGCCGAUUUCAUUUGUUAAGAGCACUCAGUCUAGCUCAGAAGAGGCUCGCAAGCUGAUGGUUAGAUUGACCAGGCACACUGGUCGGAAGCAGCCCCCUGUGAAUGAGUCUCAUUGGAGAACCUUGCUACAAGAUAUGUUAGCCAUGCAGCAGAAUGUUUACACAUGUCUAGACUCUGAUGCUUGCUAUGAGAUAUUUGCUGAAAGCCUUCUGUGCUCUAGUCACCUUGCAAACAUCCACUUGGCUGGGCAGAUGAUGCAGUGCACUGCUUCCUCGAUAAAUCCACCAGCAAGUAUAACCCAUAAAGGGAAAACCCAGUACAGGGUCAGUUACGAAAAAAGUAUUGACUUGGUUUUGGCUGCUAGCAGAGAGUACUUCAAUUCUUCUACCAACCUCACUGAUAGCUGCAUGGAUCUGGCCAGGUGCUGCUUACAACUGAUAACAGAUAGACCCACUGCCAUUCAAGAAGAACUAGAUCUUAUUCAAGCCCUUGGAUAUCUUGAAGAAUUUGGGGUAAAGAUCCUGCCUUUGCAAGUACGAUUGUUCUCCGAUCGGAUUGGCCUCAUCAAAGAGUGUUUUUCCCAGUCCCCCACAUGCUACAAGCAGUCAGCCAAACUCCUGGGCCUUGCUGAGUUGCUUAGAGUAGCAGGUGAGGACUCAGAAGAAAGAAGAGGACAGGUUCUAAUUCUUUUAGUGGAGCAAGCACUUCAUUUCCAUGACUACAAAGCAGCCAAUAUGCAUUGUCAGGAGCUGAUGGCCACAGGCUUUUCUAAAAGUUGGGAUGUUUGUAGCCAGUUGGGACAAUCAGAAGGUUAUCAGGAUAUGGCUACUCGGCAGGAGCUCAUGGCUUUUGCAUUGACACAUUGCCCUCCUACCAGCAUUGAAUGUCUUCUGGCAGCUAGCAGCUCUCUGCAGACAGAAAUUCUUUAUCAAAGAGUGAAUAUCCAGAUCCAUGCAGAAGGAGAGAGAAAUAUCAGUGUUUCACCGUUAAGUAGUAGAGUGCUACCAGAGGAUGAACUAAAUGCGCCAGGCAGUUCAGCUGACCUGUUCCACUGGACCACUGCUAAGACCAUGAAAGUUCUUUCCAACACCACAACCACCACCAAGGCAGUGCUGCAAGCUGUCAGUGAUGGGCGUUGGUGGAAGAAGUCUUUAACUUACCUUCGACCCCUUCAAGGACAAGAAUUCGGUGGUACUUAUCAAAUUGGAAACAUAGCCAAUAAAGGUCUAGAAAAACAAGGCUGUCAUCCAUUUUAUGAAUCUGUACUCUCCAGUCCUUUUGUCACUGAGUCUGAAGGAACCUAUGACACCUAUCAGCACAUCCCAGUAGAAAGCUUUGCAGAAGUAUUACUGAGAACUGGAAAACUGACAGAGACAAAAACUGAAGGAGAAGAAGUAUUUCCAACAACAGAAGUUCUCUUACAACUAGCCAGUGAUGCUUUACCAAAUGACAUGACCUUGGCUCUCGCUUAUCUUCUUGCUUUACCACAGGUGUUAGAUGCCAACAAGUGCUUUGAAAAGCAGUCCCAUUCUGCUUUAUCUCUCCAGCUGGCAGCCUAUUACUAUAGCCUACAGAUCUAUGCCCGUUUGGCACCAUGUUUUAGGGACAAGUGCCAUCCUCUCUACAGGGCUGAUCCCAAAGAGUUAAUCAAAAUCGUUACUAGGCAUGUAACUCACUGCGGACAAGAAGCCUGGCCUGAGGACCUCGUGUCACUGACUCUGCAAUUACAAUACUACAAUGAACGUCUCUUAGAUUUCACUCAAGCUCAGAUCCUUCAGGGCCUUCGGAAGGGCGUGGAUGUGCAGCGCUUUACUGCAGAUGACCAGUAUAAAAGGGAAACUAUCCUGGGUCUUGCAGAAACACUGGAGGAAAACGUCUACAGCAUUGCUCUUUCUCUGGCACAACGUUACAGUGUAUCCCGUUGGGAAGUUUUUAUGACCCAUUUUGAGUUCCUGUUCACUGACAGUGGUUUGUCCACAGUAGAAAUUGAAAAUCGAGCCCAAGCUCUUCAUCUCUUUGAAACUUUGAAGAGUGAUCGUGAAGCGUUUCACAAGCACAUGGUCAAAUAUAUUUAUCCUGCUAUUGGUGGUUUAGAUCAUGAAAGACUUCUAUAUUAUUUCACUCUUCUGGAGAGCUGUGACUGUGCAGCUUUUGGAAAACAUGCCAUCAAACCAGACACCCACAUUCGGCUUCUGAAGAAAUUUAAGGUAGUUGCAGCAGGUCUUAAUUACAAAAACCUGACCGAUGAAAACAUGAGUCCUCUGGAAGCAUUGGAACCAGUUCUGUCAAGUCAGAAUAUCUUAUCUAUUUCCAAACUUGUUCCCAAAAUCCCUGAAAAGGAUGGACAUAUGCUUUCCCCAAGCUCUCUGUACACCAUCUGGUUACAAAAGCUGUUCUGGACUGGUGACCCUCACCUCAUCAAGCAAGUCCCCGAGUCCUUACCAGAGUGGCUUCAUGCCUAUGAUGUUUGCAUGAAGUACUUUGAUCGACUCCACCCUGGUGACCUCAUCACUGUGGUCGAUGCGAUUACAUUUUCUCCAGAAGCUGUGACCAAGCUAUCUGUGGAAGCACGUAAAGAGAUGACUACAAAAGCUAUUAAGACAGUCAAACAUUUUAUUGAGAAGCCAAGGAAAAGAAAUUUAGAAGAAGACAGUCAAGAAACUAAUGGUUCCAAAUUUACCUAUGCAGAUGCUUUGAAUCAUUUGGAAAAAUCACUUGCCCACCUGGAAACUCUCAACCAUAGCUUCAUUGUUUCUCUGAAGAAUAGUGAUCAGGAAAUGCUACAGAAAUACAGUAACCUCUAUGAUUUGUCUCGAUCAGACAAAGGGAAGCUUCUUGAUCAAGCUGUGGCCAUGUGUUUAGAUGGCCAGCCUCUAAGAAUGAUUCAACAGCUGCUAGAUGUGGCUGUUGGCCCUCUAGGAAUCUCACCCAAGGAUGUAGUAAAGAAUGCGGUAAUGAAAAUAAUUUCUGUGUUAAGUGGGGGCAGUGAUGACCUUGGUGGGCCACGGGACCCACUCCUAAUCCUGGAAGGUGUUGUUACAGCAGUCCAUGCCAGUGCGGAAAAGAGAGAGGAAUUGGUGUCUUCUGAGGAGCUGCUGGAGUGGCUGCGGCCUUUCUGUGCGGACGACACCUUGCCAGUGAGGCCCCGCAUCCGUGUACUGCAGGUUGUGGAGCAGUCCUUCCGUCUGAGUGAAGAAGAUGGCAAACUCCUUGUGUUUUUUAGAACGGAGGCCAUUCUCAAAGCUGCUUGGCCCCAGAGACAGGUCAAUGUAAUGGACAUUGAAAGUGAAGAGAACCGCUGCUCUCUCUUUGUAGAGCUCCUAGAAUCCAGUUACCAAGAAGUUGACUUUCAGCACUUGGCUUUACUCUUACAAGCCUGGCCACCAAUGAAAAGUGACUAUGUCCUAAGCAAUAACCCAUGGGUCAGACUAGUAACAGUGAUGUUAGCCAGAUGUACAGAGGAGAACAAGGAAAGACUGGGAAAUGAAGUUUUGAAAAUCUGUCGGUCUUUAUAUAACACCAAGCAGAUGCUCCCUGCAGAGGGUGUCAAGGAGCUGUGCUUGCUGCUUCUUAACCAGUCCCUCCUACUCCCAUCCCUGAAACUGCUCCUUGAAAGCCAAGAUGAGACUCUGCAUGCUCUGGCACUGGAGCACAUCACAGCUGUUGCUAAGGUGGAUGAUUCAAAUUGUGACCAAGAACUUCUUUCCCUACUCCUGGAUGCCAAACUAUUGGCGAAGUGCAUCUCCACUCCCUUUUACCCCCGUAUCAUUGACCACCUGUUGGCCAGCCUGCAGGAAGGGCGCUGGGACACGGAGGAGCUGAGCAGACUCUUAUGGGAGGCUGGCCAUGAAGCUGAAGCGGGGUCGCUCCUACUGGCCAUAAGGGGAACUCAUCGGGCUUUGAGAACUUUCAGCACAGCCCUCAGCGCAGGACAGCACUGGCUGUGA